UUGAGCUAGGGAAAAGGAAACUGAAAGAGGUUUUGAAAGGCCAUGAACACUUCACUGCUUUCAUCCAGACCACAUGACCAUGGGAUGGAAGGGUGGAGUGACUAGCUGAAGCUUAUAAAACACUGAAGAACACAGUCCCUCACACAGACGAGAUAAAGAGUCUCCACAACUCAGAGAGAACCUGACUAAUCUUCAUGUGAUAAUGAAAACCAUCCAGCUUCCCACAAUAACCCUAAGGAGGAAAAGUAAAGUCUGUGCCAGAUGCAGUGGAACACAAGUGGAAGUGUUUAAGAUAUAAGAUUAAAAAAAACAGUCCGCCAGAGGAAACAUGCAUGGUAAAAGGGGUACAAUCUGGAAAACCCCAAUGGCAUUGAGCUAGGGAAAAGGAAACUGAAAGAGGUUUUAAAUGGCCAUGAACACUUCACAGCUGUCAUCCAGACCACAUGACCAUGGGAUGGAAGGGUGGAGUGACUAGCUGAAGCUUAUAAAACACUGAAGAACACAGUCCCUCACACAGACGAGAUAAAGAGUCUCCACAACUCAGAGAGAACCUGACUAAUCUUCAUGUGAUAAUGAAAACCAUCCAGCUUCCCACAAUAACCCUAAGGAGGAAAAGUAAAGUCUGUGCCAGAUGCAGUGGAACACAAGUGGAAGUGUUUAAGAUAUAAGAUUAAAAAAAACAGUCCGCCAGAGGAAACAUGCAUGGUAAAAGGGGUACAAUCUGGAAAACCCCAAUGGCAUUGAGCUAGGGAAAAGGAAACUGAAAGAGGUUUUAAAUGGCCAUGAACACUUCACAGCUGUCAUCCAGACCACAUGACCAUGGGAUGGAAGGGUGGAGUGACUAGCUGAAGCUUAUAAAACACUGAAGAACACAGUCCCUCACACAGACGAGAUAAAGAGUCUCCACAACUCAGAGAGAACCUGACUAAUCUUCAUGUGAUAAUGAAAACCAUCCAGCUUCCCACAAUAACCCUAAGGAGGAAAAGUAAAGUCUGUGCCAGAUGCAAUGGAACACAAGUGGAAGUGUUUAAGAUAUAAGAUUAAAAAAAACAGUCCGCCAGAGGAAACAUGCAUGGUAAAAGGGGUACAAUCUGGAAAACCCCAAUGGCAUUGAGCUAGGGAAAAGGAAACUGAAAGAGGUUUUAAAUGGCCAUGAACACUUCACAGCUGUCAUCCAGACCACAUGACCAUGGGAUGGAAGGGUGGAGUGACUAGCUGAAGCUUAUAAAACACUGAAGAACACAGUCCCUCACACAGACGAGAUAAAGAGUCUCCACAACUCAGAGAGAACCUGACUAAUCUUCAUGUGAUAAUGAAAACCAUCCAGCUUCCCACAAUAACCCUAAGGAGGAAAAGUAAAGAUGUGCUGGAGUCGCCUGAAGCUCUCAGCGCAGCGAUGUCGACCGAGAAAACCGAGAAGUCUUCCAACGGUGCUGGAGGCGAGAAACGCAAGAACAAGAUUAAAUUCCCGGACCGAAUGAGAAUGACGAGCCUUAUGAAGCGCCAUAAGCCUAAAUCUCCAGAAGUUCCAGUGGUCUUGGAUUUCAACCAAAAUCUGGAACAAAAUCACUUAGCAGAAGCAAGUCAGCAUCUUCUAGCACAGGAAGAGCACCUCUUCAGCUCAGAGUCAGCAGAUGAGCAGGUGGUUUGCACAGACGAUGAUGAGGACAGACUGCAGAAGGACUAUGAGACUCUGAAGCUGCGCCUGCGAAUGGUCAUCCAUGAUUCUUUCAACACGGAUAAUCAGGAGGCCCUGAAAAGUGCUGUGGCUACUAUACUUCAGGAGGAGGAACGAGACCGCAUCUGGGAGAAGACAGCAAAACACGAAUGUCCAGUUUGGAGGCCGAUGGGAUGCCGAGAGAUCCAUGACACACUUCUCCAGAAGGUGGUGGAGGUACGGCUUCAGCGGGCAAAUGAAGAAGAGAGUGGAGCGGACAAGCUGUCCACCUCCCUAAAGAAAGAUGUUUGCCGGAUGGGCAAGCGCAUUCAGAAUGACCUGCUGCGAGUGGUCAGAGACGUGCAGGGAUGUUAUCCACCGGAGUUUGACGUGUGCAACAUGUACACUCAACUGUACCAUCAGGCGUUCUCCACGAAACUCCAGGAGUUGACUCAACCCAACACUGAGUUGGAAGACUGCAUCUACAUACUGAGUUGGAUUAACGAUUAUUAUCCAAAGGGUGUGUUGCAACAGAAAGAAUUAGAGUCCCACAUCAGUAGUGAAGCACUAGGACCUUUGUUACCUGAAGAAAGUCUUAAGGCAUUGGAGGAGCAGUAUCUAUCACACAAAGAGGCUGAGGUCAGAACAUGGUUGUCCAGUGCCCUAAAGAAAGAGGAGGAACAUUGGCAGACUGACGAAAAACCUGAACUGAUGGAUAAUUACUACAUUUCCCAUCUUGCCCUUGAUGUCAUACAUCUUGUUGAUGGUGCGAUUAAAGAGGCCGUGACUAUUUUGGGUAAUGAGGAUAAAGCUCAGAGGAUUCUGUUUCAGCUAGCCAGCUUUCUUGCAAGCUAUAAGAAAUCUAUUGCUGAACUUCUCAAAGGGAAGAACAAGAACAUUCCUGACAUGCUGAAGGCCAGCCUGGUCAGCAUCAAGCAGUUAAGGGAAUACAUAGAGGCAAGAGAAAAUCUUUCAGAUGUGAAAGGAACCUGGCUGUCCACUGCAGCAGAUCUGAGAGAGUCCUGUCACAGAUACUUCCUUAGCACCACACACAAGGAGCUCAAGGGGCAUUACCGAAAGCUGUGGACUCAGACCUGGUUUUCAGGGAGCCAUAACAUUAUCGGAAAUCUCCUCAGUGCUCUGGAGGAUCAGAUAACACAUUUCACAUUCCUAAAGCCUGCCUGCAUGGAGGAGUUGUUGAGUCAGCUGCAUACUGAGGUGAUGACAGAAUAUGUGAGGAGGAUGCUGAAGAGGAAAGUGAAACUAAAAGACAAGGACGAGCAGGAGACAGCUGCAACCUUUCUGUGCGAGGACAGCACCAGAAUCAAUGCACUGUUUGUCAGAAAUGGGUCCAAAGAGAAAUGGCUUUCCAGUGUCCUACCCAAAAUGUCAGAGGUAUUGAGGCUGCAGGACGCAGGGUCACUUCAGCUAGAGAUAGUUACGUUAGCAAGAACCUACCCAGAUAUAAGUGAACGCCAGGUCCUUGCCCUCCUGCAGCUAAAGACUAACCUUUCCAGUGUGGAUGUACGCAACAUUAAAGACAGCCUAAAUGAGAACAGAAAUUCGCCAGUCUCUGAGCCUCCACCACCUUUCUUUUGCAAUGUGCCUGUUAAAAGAACGCUCAUCUAAUGGUCUGUUAUAAAUACAGUAUAAUCAGACAUAUGGUACUGUGGAGGGCUCUUCUGAAGCUUAUAAUGUGACACUGUACCUUACUGUCUGCUGUUAAACCCGCCAUGAAGAGCCAAUAUUAUUGCAUGCUGUAUAAUAAAUAAAAAAUAAUAAACUGUUUAUAGGUUUUCAGUAAUCUUUUUGCCAAGGUCAGUAGAGCAGAAUACAGGAGCUCACCGAAAAAUCUAUGAGCUGAAUCCCUCUUUAUUUCCAUGGGCAUUUUAUUCAGCAGUCGAAAAGCAGCUGGCUGACAUUCAUAGUCAUUCUCAAGAUUGCACCACAAAAAGGAAUCCAGUACUCUGAUUAUUAGUCAAGAGACAUUCACCCAGGGCUAUUCGAUUCCAAAAACAUUUGGAGACAACUCUGACUCCAAGAAAUGGGAAUCAAUGUUACAAUUAAAAAAAA